AUGGCCGGAGGCAAACAACCAGCAACCGGGUACCCUGCCGAAUGGGACAGCGUGGUCAUGGUUGGUCAGGAACUCAGUCCCAAUGCUUUCCCACGUGACGAAAGGGUGUUUGUAAAGGUCUGA